AUUGAUUUAAUUGCAUAACAUGGCAAACAUGCGCAGGUAGGGAACGAGGGGGUGAACGGCAUAUAAAACUAGUGCAGGUAUCGGACUUCUUCAAUUGACGUACAUAGGAACACUGAACGACAGAAAAGGAUGUUUCAUAAAAUUACAUCACCAAGAUCAGUGUGUACAAUCUUAUUGAAGAAACUUUCUCUGGAUCAUCUGCAACAGAACCAUUUGAAUAGAAAGAUGCUACAAAGUUGUAUACUGUUAUCAUGUUUAUUAAGUUUAUGCCACGCAGGAGUUUUGGGGACCCAACAAGGAUCCACAGAAAAUAUAGAAAAGCAGGACCAAGAAUACAACCUUGACGAUGGAUUAAAUAGACUCGAUGUGGAAAAACGAUGGUUUAUAAUACGAACAAAGCCAUCACUAAAAAAUAUAAAAAUCCUAAAUAGGGGACUACCACAGCACAUGGCAUACUCAAGAUUUUUCCACGCAUAUGGAAAAAGGAAUAAUAUGCCUAGCAUCCCGACUAGGAAUUCACAAAAAGAUUUGAAGAUGGGACUUUUGGCAGCACUGGUGGAUAUUUUAGAUGAUUUACAUAGGGAACAUUAACACAAAACACGUUAAUGUAUGAUUGAGACGGUAGCGUUGAUUAAGAAGACUUGGGAGUUAAACGUGGACAAAUGCUGUUAAAGAGAGCUUGUUGAGGAACGAAAGACCACCGCCAAGACGAACACGAGACAAUCUUUAUUGGAGAAUUAUUGAAAUGUACAUGAACAUCAGAAUGUUGUCUAAGUAUGGGAUGAUGUACUUGUAGCGUCAUGACAUUUCUCUCCCUUAAGACUAAAGAAUUUAGAGACAUACAGGGUGGGCGGCACUGGGCGCUAACAUCAUGAACAUGUUUCAUUGCACAUUUCAUACCACUGCAGCUAUUAUCUAUCAAUAUAUAGACAAACGAUUCGUCGACAACUCCUAAAAAUGAGCCAAAGAAAAUCCAGUAUGAGUUUCGAUGUCCAUUCAUUAUUUUUGUUUGAUGUUUUUCCAAAAAAUAAAAAGUUAACAUUUACUCAGUAUUAAAUGUAUCUCCAUGUGAUAUCCGACCUAUAUCCUUAUAACCAUAAAAAUUGAUAUUUAUCCCACACAAUAUCUAAUAUUAACAUGCAAAAUGUCACAACC